AUUUAUUUGAUCUUUUAAUGAAAAUUAUAUUUUAUUUUUGUCAAAUAAAGGGGAUUGGAAAAUGUAAAACAUGGAAGAAAUACUGUGUGAAAAAAAAUACAUUUUAUUAAUUAACAGUAGUAGUAGUAGGCACGUACAUUAUACUGAAUGAUGAAUAAAGUUAAACCGAACAUUUAUUUUGACGGGUUGCCGACCUGCCCUGAAUACAGUUAAAUUUCUGUGUAUAUAUUUGACGCUUGUUUUACUCAAAUCAGUGAAAUGCUUAUGAAGUGACUUUUAAGUGAAACGGCAGACGCUGAAAUCACUGCGUGUCAGUAUAACGUGUAGAAAACGAAACCGCGCAUCCGCGCCGUUUAUUCAUAAAAGACACGCAGAACAUGCAGGAUUCAUAUUUAAAUAGUCUUUUUCGGCAUAAUAUUUACAGAUACUAGUCCAUAUCGCGACUUGAUUUAAGUUUAAUGACCAACUUUUGAUUAUUUAAUUCAAACUUUGAAAAAUUUCGUGGAAAUCAUAGGGUCAUACAAAAAACAUUUAGGGCUGGAGUAAAAACUUUCGGGGCUCGAGCCCCAAAUGAUUAGCCCUAGCGACGGCCCUGAUAAAUCUAAGAUUGAUGCUGCAUUAGCUGUGCUGAGUGUUUGUUCAAUUUCAGCUGCACACAGCGUCAAAAGCAUGUGAUUUUAUUAAUCUUAAUGGCUCUAUACAAUUAAAGAGUUUGUUAUAUUAAUGGCAGUUAUCAAAUGACUAAUUUAUGAUAUUAUGACUUUAUUAAUGAUUCAGUUUGUAUACUUCUGUUUGAGUUUGCGCCCUCUGCUGGCCAAGCACUAAAAUGCAGUUUAAACCAUCUCUGCUUAUCUGGUUUGAUUAGGUAACAAUAAGUGAACAGCAGCAUCAUGAAGAUACAAAGACUUAUUUUAAGCCACAGUUAAUUGUUUUUUUUUUCUGCUCUUCAGACUGUUUUUAUUUUCUUCUUCUUCUGUAAAUGUGUGCUAAUUUGUGGAAGAAGCCUUCAGACCUGCACAGGAGAUAAUAGACAAAAAAUUGCUCAUGGUUUGGUUUAACACUCCACUGUGAGUCCACAUGGUUCUUAACUUUGGUCAGUCAGUGUAUUUCAUCACAGUGAGUCAGAAGAGUUUAGCAAAGAGGAAAGGGAAGAGGCGGAGCUGUUUGUUUUCUAAAAAUAUAUUUUAAGAGUGCAAGAUAGACAGAAAAACAAGGCACAACGGAGGUACUCACGGCAUCUCUGACUGCUGAAGAAUGUACAGAUUCACAGGAGUGAGAGUUUUAUCAACAGUGAUGAUGAUGAAGACCCUCCUCCUCCUCACAGUCUGUCACAUGGGUGAUGCUGCUGACACUGUGACUGGCAUCACAGGAGGAAGUGUCAUCAUCAACUGUGUGUAUAGUCAUGAAAAUGUGAAGACCAGAGAAAAUGCAAAAAGCUUUUGCAAAAUGUUAGACAGCGAAUGUACAACGGUGACAGAAGUGAAGAAUGAUUUAUGGAUCCCAGAAGAGAGAUUCUCUAUGAUUGAUGAUAAAUCUCUGGGUCUGGUUAAUGUGCUCAUUAGAAACCUGACCGUAAAUGACAGCGGGACAUACAGAUGUAAAGCCGACAGCACGUGGUUUCAGGAGGUGAAAUUCAAUGUGGAACAAGAGUCGUGUUGUGUGACGUCAGAGGAACAGACUGCUUAUAUAUUAGGAACUGCUGUCAUCCACUGCAAAUAUCCAGAAAAAUAUAAAGAUCACCCAAAGCAUUUGUACAAAGUGGAGAAUGGAUCAUUAGUGUCUCUUAUUCAUAUAUUUGGAGGUUCAGACACCAAUGAGAGAUUUUCUCUGAAUGAUAAUGAACAGAAGCAUGUCCUCACUGCAACUAUUGCCAAUGUGAGUAGACGUGAUGAUGGGGUGUAUUUCUGUGGAACAGGCAACACACCACAUGCUUUCCUUUUCAAAGAGAUUCAACUUCAUGUUUCAGGCGACAAAGGAAAAGCAAGAACAGAUGCUUCAGUCCAGUCUGAUCUCUACAUCAUCAUUUUAGUGGUUAUGUGUUUGAUUCUGUUGCUAGCCGGAGGACUGACUUUGUUGUUGCUCAAUCAGAGAUGUAAAAAGACGCACGGUUCAGGCUCAUCACAUCAGGGGAACAUGAGAGAGGGUGAUGAUGAGGGAGUCUCAUCUCCUCAUUAUGAAGUGGUCUCAGACUCUGGAAACACACCAUUACGCCCGUCUGCUCAGAAGCCCAUCAGUUUAAACACGGUUUAUGACACGGCACGUUUACCCACAAACCCCUCUGACAGUGAUUUCUACACACUGGCUGAACAGCCUCAAAAUAUGACAUCAGUGUGGCUAAGAGGUGUCGUUCGUGUCUUGGUCGAAAAUCUGCUCACUGAAGAGGUCAGUUUCAUCAUGUGUCUGUUUGAGGUCGAGCUUAAUCUCUAUGUAAUCAUGUAUUUGUGGAUUCUUAUCAUCUUUAUUAUUGUUCACUAUAUUGCUGCUUAUCUCCAGUCUGUUUUUACUCUGGUGACUGUCUUUCUUCUGUCAUUUCAGUCCACUCAUACUGUGUGUUAUUAUGAACCGCUCGUUUGCACAGACAGCUACGGUUUGGGCCCCUACGAUCCUCACCUCACCUAUUCCAUCGUCAUAUUUCAAACUACAGACCAUUGUUGAUUCAUGAUCAAAUGAUUCAAAUGAUUCACUGUUUUGUGUAAAUGCAAUGAAAACUUAAAAAAAAAAAAAUGUUUUGUUAGAAAUGUAUUAAAUGCAAUUAACAAACCAUCUACCAUUAAAUGUGAUUUAUGUAUAGGCCUAAUAUGUUUUCUUUUAUUAAAUUGUGGAACUUAUUUUUUUAUUAAGGGUCUAAUUGUCUCAACAGACCAAUCAGACUAUUUACUAAUCUUCCUUUUUAUUAUACAAAUGUGGUGUUAAAAUGUCUGUGCAUUUAUAAAGUUGAUCUGAGAUCAGUUAAAAAGCAUUGGCACUGAUUCAUGGCUUCACAGAGAUCAUUGAUUCCUAGCGGCGAACCAUUACAAUUUUGAAACAUUGAAAAAAUUCUGAUGUAACAAAGACUUGUUUACGGAAAUCUUUUGACUUUGGUUAUUUGAUAUGUGCCCUGAUUCACUGGUUUUGAAGCUUCAAAUGCAUGUAACCAUAUUAAUGGCUCAAAAACAGGACUGACAGCCACAUUCUGUAUGAAUGUCUGGCAUUUAAAAAGAUAUAUGCCAGUUAUUGCCUUAUCUACAGCCAUUGGUGCUUGGAACCUGAUGACAGGCAGUAUUGAAUUGUUGUCCGUUCAAGUUUGGUCUUCUAAUCUCAUGUUCCUACUAUUUUUCUACUAUUCCCCACUAUGAUGUUUGUAGUAGGCCUAUAUUAAUGCAG